UUCAGUAAUAUUUGAUAGACUGGGAGAUCCACAGAAAUCAGCUUUGUUGUGUAAUGUAGCUUUUUGGGUGCAGAUGUUUGACUCCUUCACAGCAGCCGCACAGCGUGUCAUGCUGACAUCUGUAACACUGGACAAACACCAAAGUGGCAAGUAAGUGCAAAACGUCAACAAGUUGGGGAGAAACUUUUUUUUCCCCAUCUCUUUCGUUUUCCUUGGUUUUUUUGUUGGUUUUUUUUGCUGCUGUUGGAGCAAGAAUGGGUCAGCUGUGUGGACGGUGCAUGCAGCUGCUGCGCAACUUCGUGGCCUUCGUUCAGAAGAUGUCUUCAGAGCUGGUGCACAGCGUGAAGGAAUGCUUAGCUCUGAUAAGCGAGUGCUCCUGCUUGAAACAGAAUGCCUCAAAGACCAGACAGCUGUACAAACCCAUGCUGCAGCCUCAUGAGCGGGUUACAGCACAGGAAUUUCUGCAGCAAAUUGAAAGAGGUUUUGAGAUGUCACCACUGGGAAAGGACCCUCUGGAAGCCUUGAGGAUCUUAGCUUUUUCUGAAAACCCAGGUCUACAGCAGUCUGCUGCUCUCUAUUAUUUGCAUAUGAGCCAGCACAUGAAUGUUCCCCUGCCAGCAGAGCAUCUAGAGCCCUUCUAUGCCUUACUGCGCUCUGCUGACCUGGAGGUACAACAGAUGUCUUCUUUGUCCCUUGUCAACUUUUUGCUGGAAGGAAAUAUUGACAAAGAAAUGGUUAUCCAAAUGGGUUUACUUGAGCCAAUUCUGGAUCUGCUUGAGUCAGAGGAUCCCACUGUCCAGUGUAAUUCCUGUGCCUGCACAAUGACUUUAGCUGUUUCAGCACUGUCAUUUUUUUCCCCAGAAUCCAACCGAGAGGCUAUCGGCGCUGCUCGAGGAGUUACACCUUUACUGUCUCUUGCCAAUUCCUAUGAUCCUAGAGUACAACAAAAUGCAGUUGGUGCUAUUCUCAACCUUACACAAUCAGAGAGGAUCCAACUGGUCUUGUGCAAGGAAGGAGCCCUGCCAGUUCUCACCUUGCUGUUGGAGUCCCCUGACUCAGAAGUGCAGUAUUAUAGCUGUGCUGCCCUAAGCAACAUAGCAGCCAACACUCAGCACCAUGAGGCCAUGCUGAGAAUUGGUGACAGAUUCCUGCUGCGCAUGCUCAUCUCUCUUCUGUCUUCCUCUGUGGACAAGGUUUCAAGCCAGGCAUGCGUUUGCCUAAGAAAUUUGGCUACCAGGGCAGACACACAGGCCGAGCUGGUUGCCAAGGAUGUCCUGCCCAGGCUGUGCUCUCUCCUGGUGUCCAGCAGUGAGGAUGCGUGUCGUGCAGCUGUUGCUCUGCUCUGGGUGCUGUCCCAGCACCCACAUAACCAGGAUGCUCUGGUGUGCACUGAGCUACUGCAGAGCCUGGGGAUGCUCCUGUCAGUGCACACAACAGACCCUGUGAUUGCUGGCCAUGCUGCUUGCAUCAUCAAAAACCUGAACCUUUCCAAGAACAGACAGAGAAUCAUUGAGAGCCCAUGUGUUGAAGGUCUCCUCCAGACCAUGCUUUCUAUUGACAUUGAAGAAAACUCUCUUCAUUAUGUGACAUCUUGCCUUGCUGAGCUGGCAAAGCAAGAAGGAGGCACAUUAUGCAUGGUCAAAUGGAUGAAUGAACCCUUGACAAAGCGCUUGGUAAGACUGGCUGGCCAACGGGAACAUACCGAGACAUCCUUUCAAGCUGCCUCCAUCAUCCAGCACAUGAUAGAUCACGAAAAGAUGAUGCUUUUGUUGAAGUGUCACAUCAUUGAGAUUCAGGCCUACCUCAGGAAUUUUCUUAUCCACCAAGAGGUUCGCUUCCAGCAGCUGGCCAUUUCCACAUUCUGCAGACUGCAGGCAGAUCCAGAAUUCUCAUUAGCAUUCAGGAAAAACCAAAUGGCCAAACUCCUCGAGCAAGUCCGUCAACAGACAGAAGAAACUCAAGAGCUCCUUAGGGCAGCUAUUUGCCAUGCAGAUAGUUAAUAUUUAAACCAGAUAGCUUAAAAAACUUACCAGAUCCAAGAGCCUGAUCUUUUAGAGAUGACUGUCUUCAUUGGUUCCUGUAGCUUAACUGCUCCUGUUACUUGCAAUUUCCUGCUAUGAACAUGGUGCACAGCACCUUUAUAAAGUAGAGAUGUUCCAAUAACAAGAAUGGGACCAGAUCAAAAAGCAAAUGCAAUAUAACAGCUCCCAUGAAAGACUUGUGAAAUGUGUAUAUGAAGACAGAAAUCUAUUUUCUGCAAAUGGCACAUUAUUUCCAUAGGUACUUGCAAAAGGGAAAGUGAACAAAUUCGACAAAAUUACACAUCAAUGUUAUACUCUGUUAAUUCAUUUUGAAAGAAGUUAGAGGACCGAUACAUGUAGUAGUAUGCUUAGCUCUAAAUUCAUCUGUCUUGAAUUCAUGAUGUGUAUACAGGUUCAGACUGCUCAUGCCUUCCCUAUUCUCCAGGGGGCAGUGAAUCUGUCUCAUGGAUCUUCUUGCCAAUCAAAACAGUAUUUUUCAGAAGAAAAAAAAAACAAAACCACAAAACAAACAAACAAAAAAAAAACACAUACCA